GGGACCGGGACCGGGUCCCAGCCGCCAUGUCCUCCGGCGGCUGCAGCUUCGAGGAGCGGAGCGUGCGGGUGCUGUGCUGCCGGUUCUGCCGGCAGGUGCUGAGCUCGCGGGGGAUGCAGGCGGUGCUGCUGGCGGACACCGACACCGCCCUCUACUCCACCGACAUCCCGCCCGCGGGAACCGUCGAUUUCAUCGGAGGCUGCUACUUCACUGAGAUCUGCAAGUGCAAGCUGAAGAACAUCGCCUGUUUGAAGUGUGGGAAUGUUGUUGGCUACCAUGUGAUUUGUCCCUGCAAGCCCUGCCUGCUGUCCUGCAACAACGGCCACCUCUGGAUGUUCCACAGCCAGGCAGUGUUUGGCAUCAACAGGCUGGACCCUUCUGGUGUGAAUGUAUUGCUGUGGGGCAACCUGCCAGAUCUGGAGGAAAGUGCAGAGGACACAUCCUGCACCUCUGAGGAGGAGUGCAUCAGAUAAAUGUUACCUGCAGCAUCUUCCCUCCACCUCUGGCCUGGCUGCCUGCUUUGGAUUUAUUUCAUUUCACCUGGUGGCCCAUCAGAGCUUAAAACAGCAGGAAUAAAACAGGAAAUCUGGAAAAAAAAAAUCAAAAAAAAAAAGGGAAUUCUUCUGGCUGUAAGCUUCCCUGGACUCCCGAAUCUGCCUGAGCAGAGACACACCUUAGAAAUGCCAACACAAAGUGCAUUUACUGAGCUCCAUUUUGCUUUUUAUUCCUAACCCUCUACAGCUGAUAAUCCUUCUUUCCUAAAGCACUUUUCAGAGAGCAAAACCCCUCAGCUGCUUGCAGUUCAAAGGAAUUUUCAGGAAUAAUCAGGCAGGUCUGGCAGAGCUCAGAACUGCCUCAAAGCUCUGCUGCUCUGGCUCUGGGAUCUCCUGCUCUUUGCACCCCAGGAUGCUCCUAAACGUGCCCUGGAAAGCCUCUUGGAGCCUUUCCAGCUUUAUUUUUCAAUACUUUUAGGGUUCUGUCUCCACAGAGAUCAAAUUCAUGCUUUUUCUCCUCGACAAAACCUAAAUUCUGCAGUUUCUUAGUAGAACUUCAAGGCUGCACUGGAGUUUUUCUUCAGGGCAGCACUAAAACCCAUCCACUUUCAUAUAUAUAUAUAUUUUCCCCUCUCCAAGCAAAUCUCAGUCAUGAAAUUGGAUCUUUUUAGAGAAAGAAAAAAAAAAGUUAAAUAUUUGGUGUUCAUGCCUAAUUUUCUCAUCCUGAGGUGCACAGACAAUCUGGUUCCUGUAGGUAAUGAAUUCAAAACUCAUUUUCUGAGUUGUUAACAAACCAGGAUGUUUUAUUUCAUUUAUUUCAGAACUAAGUGCUGUCCCCUUCAGCUAAUCACCUGAAGGCCAGCAAUAAAAAAAUUCCAGAUAAAAUCAUAUCAGAGAACAGAGGACACUUUUAAAUUUGGAUUGAUGCUAAAUAAAUCACUCUGUAGCCUCUUGUGAUACUUGAAAGGGGUGCAAUGAAGACACAUCUGAAUUCUCUCAGUAUUUUUACUGCUCGUUAUGUAUUUCUUAAUUAAUGGUACUACCUCUUUGCACUGUUUAAAUGUAUGUUGGUGUGUAUUUUUAUGUGUGUGUCUUGUUUUGAAUUCCUGUGUUGUGUCUGCCCAGGCAAUAAAAGCUUUGGACUGG